AUGGGCAACCGCUGGCCAUUGCCAGACAGCAACCUUCCAUCGUCACCUCACACAGUGUCUUGGUCCCCACCAUUGCAUUCAAACCCCAUACAGCCCAGCAUUGACAACUUCACGCCAUGGACGGAGGGAUCCACAACCAGCGAUGGUGCUACUCUAUCCGGGCCGGCAGCAUACUCUGGCUACAGCGCGGCGUAUGUUCCGAUAUUGCCGGUUCACGUUUCAAUUCCAAACUAUACAGCCAUGGAAUCACAGGAACUGCCGACCUAUUCUGUGCCCAGCAAUGCCAACAGUGACCCGCGACAAUCGAUGCCGCCACCAGCUCUCAAUCCGAGAAAGCGAAAGGCUCCAACACUGCGUGCCGGGGACUGGACACCCGUAAAAGCCCGGAUCAUCGAGCUGCAUAUUGACGACAACAUGCCGCUACCGGAAGUUAAGAUUGCAAUUGAAGAAGAAUUUCCCUUUGAAGCCACCCUUCGGCAAUACAGGUCCGCUGUGACGAGUUGGGGAUUCGACAAGAAUGUCAAGAAGAAUGUGAUGCAGGCGAUUGUAAGGAAAAGGCAACACAGAAGACUCGUCGAACCAGGAAAAAAGGAUCUCAAUUUCAAAGUUCACAACUUCACCGUCAACCCUGGAAAAGUAGACACUUGGAUGAAAAGGAACAAUAUUCCAGGCGACGCCAUCUAUGCUCCGAGUCCAGCAGCUUCUACGCCUACCGAAAUGAUGGCGUGGACACCUUCCGAACAGGCCUCCUCGCCGUCGGGUGGUCCCUCCUCGUCGCAUACUCCGAUAGCCAUGGCGAUCCAAUCGCCACAGGGAGGCUAUGGAAGCACUAUCCAUUCCCCAACACCAUCUGUCUCCAGCAUACUUGAAUCUCACGACAGCGACUUCACAGGGCAGAGUCCAGCCCCGUGGCCGACAAAUGAUGAAGCACCCACACAUCCAUAUCUAUCAGCGGACGAGGCACAGCUUCGCCUCCAGCUUUCUCUCCAUAGGGAGCAGUCGGGCUUGGAUGACAAUCUUGAUGCACUACACACAGAGCUUAAGCUAGGCCAAGUUCGUCUCGAACAAGGGAGAUAUCGUUCUGCAGAAGAAACUUUUAGGAAGUUGAUCUCCCGUUGUCGAGUACUGUACGGCAAGUCACACAGGCAUACCCUGAGAGCACUACAGGGACUUGGCGAAGUGGUUUGGAAGCAAGGGCUAUACAACAAGGCCAUGAAGAUCUUCCAAGAAUGCUUCAAAACUCAAAAGACGUUAUUUGGAUUUGAUCAUCCAGAUACACUCAGAAGCAUGGCCUGGGUCGCUUUCACACUCACCACUACAGGCCACUUCUCCGACGCGGAGGCAAUGCAACGGCAGACAUUAGAGCUUUCUACCAAGGUGCUAGGCGCGGAGCAUCCAUCUACAAUCGACAGCACAUAUAUGCUUGCUUUCACACUCCGCGAUCAAGGCCGCCAUUCCCAUGCCGAAGCAAUGUUUCGGCAGGUAUCAGAUUUCCAAACCAGAGUUUUGGGUGCGGAACAUCCAGAUACACUCCAAACCAUGAGUCGUAUCGCCGAGGCGCUCCACAACCAAGGCCACUAUUCCCUGGCCGAAGCAAUAUAUCGGCAGGUUUUGGAACUCCAAGCCAAGGUGGUGGGCGCGGAGCAUCCAGAUACCCUUCAAAGCACACAUAUGCUUGCUUUUACAAUCCACUGUCAAGGCCACUAUUCCGAUGCCGAAGCGAUGUAUCGGCAGUUAUCAGAAACCCAAAUCAGAGUUAUAGGUGCGGAACAUCCAAAUACACUCAGCAGCAUAAGUUGUAUUGCCAUGGCGCUCCACUUCCAAGGCCACAACUCCGAGGCCGUAGCAUUAUUUCGGCAGGUAUCAGAACUCCAAACCAAGGUUGAAGGCGAGGAACAUCCCAAUACACUAGCUACCAUGUUUUGGCAUGCACAAUCGCUCGCCGCCCAAGGCUACCUUUCGGAAGCCGGUACAAUGCACCGGCAUGUGCUAAAGCUCCGUACCAAGAUUCUAGGCGCAGACCAUCCGGAAACAGUUGCCAGCAAAAAGGUCUUUUCUUCCAUAUACUAG